CUGGGGGCUGUCCUGUGACGUCACGCCGAGCCCAUUUCCGUUGAGCUUGGCUUUGGCAAGGCACUCGCAACUUCUUCGCCUUCGGGAACGCGAAGCCUUUCCGAGGUUCUGGGACAUCGCAAAGACCGAAGACGACCAGACACGCGACACAUCCCAGGGACGACCCUGCAGUCCUUCUCAUCCGGUUCUGCCGCAGCCGCACUAGAAUGAAGUCAAUGAUUCUCCAGCUCGCUCGCAGCCUGCGGAGCUCGGCGUCGCUCGGCCUCCUCCGUGGCGUCCACUCGGCGGCGCGUCCCGCCUCCACGCACAAGUCAGGAAAGAGCGUCACCCCCGAGGAGAUCUACGCUCGCGAGCACAAGUAUGGCGCGCACAAUUACCAUCCCCUGCCCGUCGCGCUGGAGAGGGGCGAGGGCGUCUACGUGUGGGACGUUGAAGGCAGCCGCUACUACGACUUCCUGAGCGCCUACAGCGCCGUCAACCAGGGCCACUGCCACCCCAAGAUCGUCGCCGCCCUCACCGCUCAAGCCUCCAAGCUCACGCUGACCUCCCGGGCCUUCUACAACGACGUGCUGGGCGCCUACGAGGAGUACGUGACCGCCAUGUUUGGCUACGACAAGGUCUUACCCAUGAACACCGGGGUGGAGGGCUGCGAGACGGCCUGCAAGCUGGCCCGCAAGUGGGCCUACAACGUCAAGGGCGUCCCCGAAAACAAAGCCAAGAUUAUUUUUGCCGAUGGGAACUUCUGGGGCCGCACCCUGGCAGCAAUCUCCAGCUCCACGGACCCCAGCAGCUACAAAGGCUUCGGCCCGUUCAUGCCCGGCUUUGAGCUGGUCCCGUUCAACGACAUUUCCGCCCUUGAGAAAGCCCUGCAAGACCCGCACGUCGCCGCCUUCAUGGUGGAGCCCAUCCAGGGCGAAGCGGGCGUGGUGGUGCCCGACGCCGGCUACCUGACCAAAGUCAGGGAGCUGUGCACGAGGCACAAUGUGCUGUGGAUCGCCGACGAGGUGCAGACGGGCUUGGCGCGGACCGGCCGGCGCCUGGCCGUGGACCACGAGCAAGCCCGUCCAGAUAUUGUCGUCCUGGGAAAAGCUCUCUCGGGGGGAGUCUACCCUGUGUCUGGCGUGCUGUGCGACGACGAGGUCAUGCUAACCAUCAAGCCCGGGGAGCACGGGUCCACGUACGGGGGGAACCCCGUCGCUUGUCGGGUGGCCAUCGCCGCCCUCCAGGUAAUCGAGGACGAGAAGCUGGCAGACAACGCCGAGCGAAUGGGCCAGCUGCUGCGCUCGGAGCUGGGCAAGCUGCCGUCCGACAUCGUGACGGCCGUGCGGGGCAAGGGCCUGCUCAACGCCGUCGUCAUCAAAGAAACCAAAGACUACGACGCGUGGAAGGUGUGCCUGCGCCUGCGCGACAACGGCCUGCUGGCCAAGCCCACCCACGGCGACAUCAUCCGCCUGGCCCCGCCCCUCAUCAUCAACGAGUCCCAGAUGAGGGAGUGCGUCGACAUCAUCCACAGAACCGUCACGUCGCUCUAAAAAGUCCAAAGUCAAGUCAACGUCACCCGUUAGGUUUGAAUCGAAGCUGUUCCUAAUUUAAUGAGCCUUUUAAAGGUGGGCAUUAUUUGGACUGCACAGGACUUGACCCGUCACGUCGGUUCUGGACCGGUUUUUAAUGACAUCACUUAAAGGGGCCAGUCGACAACGAUGCUUUACAAAGUGAAAAAAAUUCAAGAGAAUUCAAUUCUUCUAUUAACUGGACAGUCCACGUUUUCACUAAAGUAAAAAUAACAUUGAAACUGAAAAAAAAACCUAAUGCGGUCUUUGGAGCCGGCCUACAUGACAUUUUUGCACAGGGACAUCUAAAAUUAAACUGAAAGCUAUGAUAAGGGAAAGAUAACAUUUUCAGCUAUUAUGGGGUGGCCCUGUUGGGCACUAUCGCCCUCUGCUGUUGGCUUAAAGUAACAUCACAAGUGCCCUUUUGCCAACGUCGCCCGACAACGGCCAGAAAUCUGGAUAUGGCGCCCCCCCCCCCCCCCCAUCCCGUAACUAGCGGAACUAUUUCUUGAUUACAUGACGGCUUCAAUGAGAAAAUUCUUUGCAUUUUCCUUUUGAGCCAUCUUGUAAUUAAGCUCCGCCUCCAGUCAAAAGAGUCGUCAAGGUCAAGCCGGCCAGCGUGCAGCGGGAGAAAAACAUUAUAAUAACGCGCCCCACCAAUUGAACACCACACGCUGAAAUUUGAUGCCAACAAGCCUGGCGCUCAAAAUCAGGGAAAAGCGCCAACUAGUCGCUAAAUUAACUGUGGCGUCACUUCCUUCGUCGAUUGGCGCGGCAAAUUCCCGUCACGUACUUGUGACUUUUGCACACCAAAUGACAACAAAAAAAAGGGGGCAUUUCAAGUUUUAUUUUUAAAAUAAUUUGUAAAUUGAAGCAAACUGCAUCAGAUUAAAACGAUGUGGACAUUUACCAUAGAAAAGAUCAUUUUGACAUCUUUCCUUUGAACUAUUUUGGCAGACAGUAAUAAGCAGCAAUUCAAAAGUGUUGCGUUUUAGAUUUUCCGCUGCAUGUUACGGAACAAAAAAAAAAGUGUGCAAAGGUCAAGCAGCAGAAUGUCACGCGUGACUUUUUAAAACAUUUUUUAUCGUGAAUAAAUCCAAUUGGACGGUGCUGUUGAGUCAGCGGAGCGCCGCAAAGUCGCGCUUGCUUAUCCCUACGUGGAGAUCCUGACAGGAGUAAUAAAGUUUCCAGCAUCCUGACGUGGCUUGGUUAUAUAUCAGAAUCUGAAUUUCAUCCAAUAAAUUAUUAUGCAGCGA